ACGCUCCGCCUUCACUGACGCCGCCUGGGCGCUUCUUGACGGCGUCGGCCUGGAAGCCGAACUCCGCCGCCGGGUGGCGUGCAUCCGGGCGCCGCCAGCGUUCCUUCGAGGCCGCCUCUGGCAAGCCUGCCACAUGGUGCUCCAGGAGGUCUUGCGCGCGGACGCUCUCUCCAGCGAGGGCGGCGAACUGCAGAGAUUGAGGGCGUGGACGCUGCUGAUCCUUAUGUGGUGCAUGCUGCUGCAGAGGCCCGCCAGUGCCGGGGCCCCAGGGCGGCGAGAACUCGAAAAGCGACUGGAGCAAUUCGAGGAGGGCUCUUGGGAAGCGCUGCUCGCACCGAACGCUCAGGCACAGGGCGCCCCAGCCGCGCGCCACGCAGACGACGCCGAGGCGAGCCGCCAGCGCACCCUCGAGAAGGCGGUGGCGCUGGUCAGGGCAGGCACGGCCGAGGCGCUGGCUGAGCUGCAGGACCCCGCUCGGCGCCCACCACUGCCCACAGCCGCGCUGCCGCCAGCUGCGCGCGCUUUCCGCCCAGCCCGCCCGGUCGAGCUAGACCGCCGCAUCUGGCGACCGCUCGGGGGCCAGGCGCGACAGCCAGAGCAGCAACCGCGACGCUCGGCGCCAGCACCGGGCGACGCACCUGACGAGGCCGAGGAGGAAGAGGCGAGAGAGCAGCACGAGGAGGCAAAGGAGGCGCAACGCGACCACGAGGCGCCGCAAGGGGCAGGCGCGAACGAGAGGGCGCCGCGCCGGGCGGCCUACGCUCGCCGGGUCCUUCGCCGCGGCCGCCGGCGAGCCACGCGGCGGCUGGCGGCCAGUGCCCUCGAGGCCGCGUACGCCGAGCACGACGCGCUCGUGGAGCAGGCGGCGGCUUUCGAGCGUCGGCGUGCCUGCCUGGCCGCGAGGUUCGACGCGAG